AUGUUUGUUCAGGGGCAGCACUUUGCGUCGUCUUCGUGCCCCCCGCUUCCUCCGCCGUCUUUUUCAGGGACUCGCGAAGCAGACGAGCAGUGGAGCGAGACGUCCCGCGGGUGCUUUUUCGGCGAAGGGUCAACGGGGGGGCGGCCGCUGGGGGGGGCGGAGAGCGAGCGCGGGGUCGAGGGGAAGGAAGGUGUCUUCGCGGCCCUGCCCCCGCCCUCCUGCCCCCCCCCUCAAGGCAUGCCGCUGGCGUCGCAUCUUCAGGGGCCGCCUUUUGCGCUUCCGGCAGGGUCUGCUUCCUCCUCCAAGCCCUUCUUUCCGCCGCUCGCGCCCUCUGCAGUCCCCGGCGCGCCCCCUGGCUUCCGCGCGGGCCUGCUCUUCGACGACUGUGACCGCGACGGCGCCCACGCGAGGGACGAGCGCGCCGAGCCCGAGCUCGACAGGCAGCUGCCGCACUACCCGAAGCCUUACCGCGGCGCUGCGGGCGAGGGGAUGCCCUUCUUCCCUCCGAGCCACAUGCCAGACGCGGGCGCGAGGGAGACCGAGCGGAACAGGGAAGUGAAUGCGCUGCAGCGAGAAGAUCGCCAGGUCUUUUGCGACGUGCCGGAGGACGAGCGGCGCCUCGGUGGGGGGGCAGGGCCGCGGGAAGAUGACGGGAGAGAAGACGGGCGCCGAGACGCGAACUUCGGUCCCGCUCUCGCCUCAUCGUCGCACUUUCAGUCGCCAUUCCCCCACCACUACCACGGGCCGCCGCAGGCCUUCCCUGCGCGCCGCGAAGAGGCCCCAGCAGGGGGCGUGUACGGCCACCCCAAGGGCGAGCAGGACGAGGCUCGCGAGAUGCGGGAGGACGGAAGGAAGCGGGCAGGCGUGGGGGGGGCAGACGAGCCGAACCGAAUGCUCACCUCGUCGUUCCCUCCGCCGCGACACCCCGACGAGUUCUCCGCGCCGGUCGCGGAGCGGAUGCUCCACCGGGGCGAGGGAGCCCCUGGUCCCCACGGGGGCCUCCUGCGCGACUGCGGGGGCCCCGGGCACUUCCCAGCCUUCCUGAAGUGUGCGGAGGCGUACGACCGCGAAGACAGGCCGAGGCCGAAGGAAGGGCAGGGCCGCCCGCCUCCCCUGCUGAGUCAAGAAGAGGCUGAGCGGGAGGCCUUUCACAAGCACCACGCGGGCGGCUUCUUCGUGGGAGCUAGGCACCCGCCCCCCCUCGAUCGCGAAGACGAGCUCCGCCCCUUCUCUGCGCCGCCCUACGCCGCCCCGCUGGCCCCUCCCCCUCACUUCGACCACCCCGUCCCCCCGCACCAGCGCGACCCCCAGAGGCCCCACCGGGGCCUCAACCCCCACUCGUGCGGGUCAUUUUUGCCGGGAUUCCCUGCCCCCGCAGGCGACAGCGAUCGCGGCCUGCCGGGGAUGUUUCCCCCGCCAGCGAUGCGUCCCGCGGAGGACGGGAAGCCGCUCGAGCCCGCAGGGGACAUGGUCUGGCGAGGCGACGGGGCGGUGAGGCGAGACCGGUGUGCAGACGGGGCACCUGGCCCGGGGGCGGGGCACGAAGGCCCACAUGCGCGUCUUCCUCUGCCCUCGUCGUACUUCUUCUCACACGACGAGCUGAUGCAUAUGCGCGAGCGCGAAGAAGGUGGCGGGCGCUCAGGAAGAGAAGGGAAAGGUGGCGUGGGCGAGGAGAGGCAUCCUCCGCACAUGGCGUCGUGCGUUAAUCAUGAGAACGUGGAUCAGCAGUACCCUUACCCUCCCCAGGCGUCCGCUAGGGGGCCCUACAGCGAACACCACUGCACCGGAGGACAAACUCCGCUGUCUUCCUCCUCAGACUCCGGCAGUCGUCCCCCCUCGUGCUCGUCGUUCUAUCCACCACCGUCGCGGCCUCGCCAGUCUUCCUCUCCGCCAUUUUUCACUCCCGCCCAGGCGGGCCCUGGCGGCCCCCCACUGGACUCGGGCGUCUACGCCGGGGACCCGGUGCCCGUAGGCUGCUUCGGAGAGGGCGGAAGAGAGCGUGGCGACGACGGCGAAGCGGAGAGAGGUUUUGCUGUGCAUGUGCAUCAUCACCACACCCACGCGCAGGGGCGACGCGAGGGCGAGGCAGACGGGCCUUUCUACAUGUCUCCACCACCGCCUUUUGGAGGCGUCUGGGACCGCGAGGGGGAGGAGAAGAAGCCGGGGGGCGGACAAGGCCCUGCGCCCAGUGGAUCAGGCGAGAGGCGCGAGGACCCCGGCGCCUUCCAGGCUAGCCUUCAACAGGGCGGCGUGCCGGCGCGGGAGGCCGAAUGCUUCAACAGUCGCGUGUGCUUCCCACCCCACCGCAUGGACGGCUCGGGCGCGCCUGUCCCCUUCUUCAUGGGGUCGCGGCCCUCGCCGUCGUCUCGUCUUCCGAACUCCCACGCUCUGCCCUCAGCCGCCUACGGCUGCUGCCCCCCGGACGGGGCGCUGUUUCCGCACUCAGUGAUGCACUCGCAGCUGCACGGGCCUGCGCGCGGGACGGGCGGCCCUGCGGGCGCCUUGGGCAACAAGGUGGACCCAGGGAGCGCGUUGAAGCCCGAGUUUCACGGGCGGGACCGUGACCAAGAGGGCGCGGCGCUGCUGGCCCCGGUGGUCGGGCCCCCAGGGCUUGGCGGGUUUCCGCGAGAGACGCUGGAAGAGAAAAAGCGACGCCUGCCGCUGGCGUCUCCAAACGAAGAACGUGAGCAUUUGCACAAGCACACGGAGUACCCUGGCGACGGCGUGCCGCCCACGCCGCCCCACACUGUGGGGUUCAGCGGGCCCUUCCCACACCCGAUGCACAUGGGGAAGCCAGGCUGCGACGAGGCGCCCCCGUCUCUUCCCCUCCUCAGCCAUCCGUCGCCUUGUUCUUCAUCGGCGACAGGCGCGCCCGAACAGCGGGGCGGGGGGGGCGUCCGCGACGGGUUCUUUUCGGAUGCCUCUGCGUACUGUUCUGUCGAGGCGCCGGGAGGGUUUCCUUCGCCAGGCUCGCUGCGUCUGCUGGAAACGACGGGACGUCAGGAUCGCGAAGGCGAGGGGGUCGACGGCUUGCGCGACGCGAACGCGGUGGUUCGUCGAGAGAGCGAAGAGGAGAGAGCCAUAAUGAUGAGGCAGGCCUUUUCUAACGACCCCCCUCUCGCGGCUCGCGAGGCCAGACAGGGGUCGUCAUACUCCUCGCACAGCGCCACCUCUCCAUUCGUUUCCUCUACCGCGCCGCAUCCGCUGCCUGGCUUCCCGCCUUUGGCGCCGUCGGGGGCGGCGCCGCUUCCGCUCCGACCGCCCGGCGGCGGGGACGUGGGAGACGCGCGCGGCGACGCCCCUCACAGACGGCUCUUGGGCGAGAGAGACCCCCGGGCAUUGUGCGACAGAGCGGAGGCGGACGACCAGCGGGAAAAGAGCGCAGGCCUGCUUCCGCUUCCGUUUGCUUCGCCUGCUUCGCGACGCGCGAGUCCGGCUUUGGUAGAAAACACGGCGCCUCCAGAGCUGGGCGCAGGGACUCCCGCGGCGUCGCCGUAUUCGAACUCGCCGUAUCUCUCGCCAGAGGGGGCUGGACGAGGAGGCGAGCGGAACCGAAACGAGAAGACAAGUGAAGACGGCAGCGCGAGGCCGUCCUCCCUUCUGGGCUCCAAGCGCGACGGCAGGUCGCUGCGGGAGAGAGAGCUCGAGGGCCUGCAUGUGCCGUCCGCGCGGUUCGCCCCGGCGGGGGGCGAGGAGUACGAACGGCGGCUAGCGGGCACAGAAGAAAGAGACAGGCCCCGCCUGUUCGCAGAAGAUCAGGAGAGAGACGCAGGCGAGGGAGCGAACCAGGGCGCGGGCGGCCUUGGGCGCCGCGGCCCGGAGGAGCGCAGGGAGGAGGGAGACGAGACAGGGGAUGCGAAGAAGAAGAAGAGAGAGAAGGGCAAGCGGAAUUCGGCGGGGGAAGACCGCAGUGGAGAAAGCCGGGACGAGGCUGGAAACGACCGUGCGGCCGAGGCUCCAGGCGUCAAGGAAGACAGAAACAGGGCAGACGAGCGCGACAGGGCGAGUGCGUCGCCCUCGUCGUGGGGUUCGUCGCAGCUUCACCAAGAGAGAAAUGCGAUUUCGUUGGGUGGGGGGAACUCGUCGAGCAAGGAGGAGGAAGGCAGCGGGGAUGUGGCCUCUCCGUCGGGGGCCGCGUCGUCUCGGUGCGGCAGUUUCCCCUCGAAAGCUGCAGUCGAUGUGCAGACCGAAGAAACGAUGAUGCCGACUUCUCCUCAGAGUUCGCUCUCCGUUGGAGGCCGCGACUCGCCCGCGUCGUCGCCCGUCUCGUCCCUCUCCGGCGGGGGAACCGACUCGUCGCGGAGGGGCAAGAGGAGCGGCGACGGCGCGACUGCAAAGAGUCAAGGCGUGGGCGCCGCAGGCCGCGGCAAGGCCGAGGCGGGGAGCGGAGGGCGAGGCACGCGAGAAGACGAUAGAGUCGAGCCACGAAAGGGAGACAGACGUGGCGGAGGCGCCGGAGAAGAUGCUUUCGAGGGGGGCCCGUCAGGCGAAGGCAAGGCUGCGGCCUCGCAGGGGCGCGCGGGGCUUUCUGCGCCCGCCGCAGAGAGGGAGCAGCGAGGAAAGGGUCCCAGAAAGCACGCUGCGGCGCUCGGCGAAGAAAGCGCACCGGAGGGCAGCUCGCCAUCCGCGGCGCCGUCGAGCUUCAAGGGCGACGGCGAGGAGGCGCCGCGAGUCCAGGCGAAGGAGUCCGGAGACGCAAGGGAAGCGCCGAGUGGAGAAGGCGAAGAGGACGGGAAAAGCAGAGAAGGCAGCAUGUUCAAGUCGUUUUCUUCCUCUUCCUUCUCCACCUCGCAGACGGCGGCUGGCGGGGAGGCGUCGUCGGUGGCGAAGACCGCACCAAGUUCGUCAGUCGCGUCGUUUUCGGCUUUCUCCUCACGCCAGAGGGAGCCUUUUUCCAUUAGCACCUCUCUCGCGGCCAUGGCUUCGCCCCUGCCUCCCCCGCCGGGCGCCAGUUCCUCCUCGAUGAACAGUUCGAGGGCGUGGGGCGUGCUCGCCAGCUCGUCCUCGAGGUUCGAGUUUCCGCCGGCGGCCUCCCUGGCCUCCAACUCCGAGACGUCCUCAAACAACGCCUCCCGCCGACCCUCCUCAGGCACGCCGCGCCUGUCUUCGCUCUCGGGCAGCGGCAGACGCGAGCGCGACGGAAGUCAGGGUCAGGCGCGGAGCUCCACGAGCGGACUCGCCUCCACUACGCCUGAGAUCCGGAGAGCUUCGGACCCGAAGAGUGCAGGGCAGCGGUCGGCGUCGCUGUCCCUCGCGCCUGACGCGUCUCCGGCGGCGGCUCCAACCGUGACCGCAGCGACCCCUGCGGCGGCGGCGCCUGUCUCCUCCUCCUCGGCUUCCCGCGAGGGCAGCAGCGGAGCCGCCGCGACUCGCGGCCGAGGCGUGGCGGGCGGCUCGCUUUCGGGGGGCCUCUCCGGGGCGGCGGAGACCGCCGCGAGUGCGCUGGGCUCGUUUUUCGCGUCGCCUGCACCCCCCAAGAAAGGGCAGGCGCUGCGCGAGAAUACGCGGUCGUCUGCGCUGUCCGCUUUGGCCUCGGGUAGAGACACCCCUGGGCGACGCGCAGGCGUCUCGGCGCGGGGGGGGGGGGCGGGCAGCGCGUCCUCGCGCGUCGCGUCCUCCACUCCCACGACCCAGGGCCAGAGGGCGGACGCGGGGGAGGAGGCUUCGGGCUCUUCCUCCGCAGCCUCCGCCGAGAGAUGGCGAGUCUUCAGCUACGCCGAGGUCUGCAGUCGAGGCGGCAGCGCCGCGGCGCGCGGGGGUGCGGGCGGCCGGAGCGCGGCCAACAGCGGGGGCAGUAGUUCUCUGCGCUCGCAGCUGUCUAUGGAGGUGGAGCAAGCGAAGCGUGAGGGCGGAGACGCGCAGUCGAAAUCCGGCGCGACGGGCUCUUCGGCCCCUGCUAGAGGCUCGUCGGCGGACAAAACGACUGCAGCUGGUGCGCCCGCUGCCUCCUCUGCCUCCUCUGUCUCCUCUGCCUCCCGCGCGUCUGCGCUCUCGGGUUCCUCGCCGAGUUCUUUCGCCUCUCGCGCGGCGAGGCCCGACGGCGCGGAAGCCGCGAAGUUGCAGCCGUGGGGCGGCGGAGACCCCGGCCGAGAAGGGCGAGACGCGAAAGGCAAGGCGCCGGGUGGCGCGUCGCUGUCGACUGGGCGCGGGGAGGAGGACGAGGCCGAGGGCGCGCGAGGCAAGGAGGCUGAGGCCGAAGAGGCGCAAGAGAAAGACAAGGGCACGGCAGGCGCUCGGCGAACGCCCGCGCAGACCUCAGGCUCCGCCCUGCGCAGCGGCCUGGCGACGGGCUCGACAGGGUCGCGCAUGUCAACUAUCAGCAGCACGAGUGCGUCGCUCAUCAUGGACUUCCCGCCGUCGAGCUCGAGUAACGGCAGUGGCGGCAGUUUGUACUCGCGGCUCGCGAAUUCGUGUUCUCUCCUGGGCAGCUCCGGGGGUCGACAGGACGCCUCCAACGCCUCAGGGCGAGGAGGGGGCGGAGGGGCUUCGGGCGCUCGAGAUGAGACCGACAAGGGCGGCAAAGCCGGCGCGCUCGCGUCGGCCGCCUGUGGCGCGGCCGCGAGUGGCGGUGGGAGCGCAGGAGGGGGGGCGGCGGCGGGGGCCACGGGCAGUUCGAGCGCCAACAGCGACUGCAGCGACGAGGAGGAAGAAGUCAUCACCCUGCUCCCCAAGGAGCUCGCGAGCCCGAAGAAAGAGCCCGAAGUCCUGUGGGAGGGCGACGGCCUCACCGUCAUCGACAAGCCCCCUGGCUGGCACUGUAGCGACGUGCGCUACGACCCCCAAACCGAAUCUCGCCAACUUUGCUCCAUCGUCAACUCCUCGCGCCCCGAGCCCCUCGGCCUAUACUGCAGUCUCCGGUUCAACUACCCCACAGGCAAACUCAAGGAAUGCAACUUCGGCCUCGGGCACCGACUCGACGUCGACACGUCGGGACCAAUCAUCAUCGCGCAAACUCUGGAGGCUUGGCAGUGGAUUCGCGACCAGAUGCACAAGCGCAACAUUAGCAAGGAGUACAUUUGUUUGUGCCACGGGACGCUGGCGGAGGGUUUCCACGUGAUUGACUCGCCCAUCAUCACGUCGACUGACGGACGGCGGCUGCAGUCGUACAUCCAUCACGCGGGGCAGCCCUCGCUGACGGUGGUUAAGCCGCUGGCGCAUUUGGAGCACAAGGAGCUGCGGUAUCCGUCGACCCACAUGCCGCUGCAGUUCACGCUCAACUGGGUGAAGAUUCACACUGGCAGGACGCACCAGAUCCGCGUCCAUCUGCAGAGUCUAGUGGACGCGGCCGGGCGCCCGCACUGCCUUGUGAGCGACGAUAAAUAUGGCAACGGGCAGCAAGUCGAGGACUUCCAGUGGUGUCGGCGUCUCUUUCUUCACCAGCACCGCCUCUCCUUCCGCGACUUGAACGACACGCCGCAGUGCUUCGUCAGCCCCCUCCGCGCCGACCUCCUCAGCGCCCUCCGCCAUCUCCGCGUCGUCCGCUCCAUGCACGAGGCCUGGCACCCCGUCCGGGACUACCUGCUGCUCGGGCCGGGCCAACAGGCCCCGCAGCCCCAGGGCAGCAACGCGCGAACGGCCUCCGGGGGCCGCAGCGCCCCGACCACGCGCCCGUCCCGCAGCGACGCGCUGGCCCCCACGGGCCGCGACGCCCCCGCGGGCACCCGGGCCUGGGGGGCCUCUGCGGGAUCCGCGCCCGCGGCCUCGUCGAGCGACAGCAAGAGCUCCACGGAGAAGCUUGAGAUCCAGGUGACGCUCACAGAGGCCGAGCAGAAGGCCUACGAUGCAGCCUGCCGUGCCAUGCAGCAGCACAAUCAGGAAUACCGGCGAAAUGUCUCCACCUCUCGAUGCUGCUUCUCGUCUUCGCCGCCUCCGGGCGGGGCAGGCGCCCUCGGCACCACGCCCUACGGGUCGUCCCUCGUCGGGGCUGGGGCGCUGUCGGUCUCCCUUUCGGGCGGCCCCGGCGGGCUGCUGUUGGGCUCCAACAAGGCCGGUCCGGGAGGCCUUCCGUCCUCAGUUCUGUACGGGCCUCCCCUGAUCAAGGUGGGCGCAGGCGCGCUGAAAAACGUCAGCCAUUCAGCGCCCCUGGUCCCGCUUCUGCCGCCAAUCUCCACGGCGAUGUUGGGCCCGGGGGGGUCGCCCUUCCACGCGCACCACUCAGCACUCAUGCUGAGUCACAAAGGCGUGCUGGGGACGCCCGGCGGUCCAGCCGCAGUCGCGGCGCGACAGCAGCCUAGAGCAGGGGCGGUCUCCAGCGCGCUGGGCGCCAUGAGUGCGGCCUCCGUGGGCGCCAACUCGGGCUCGGGCCUGCUGAGCGCGGGUAAUGCCGCAGGGGGAAAUGAUGAUGGACGCGGCAGCGGACUGAAUGGCGCCGGAGGUGCUCCUGGAGGAGUUUCGGGCACGUCGAGUGGGGGCCCGGCGCUGGCGGGGGGGGGGGAGGGGACGGCGUCGUCUCGGGCUCUGAACGCUAGCCACGCGCGCGGAUUCGGAGACAGUUCGUUGAGCGCCUCGGCGUCGGCGGCCAGCUCGGCGGAUUCCGCGGGCGGCGCAGGGAACAGCGCGAGAGACGCUGGAUCUAAGGCGGAGGGAGAGGGCAGGAACUACGAUGGCCUGCUGCUAGAGUGGAAACAGACCAGUGCCUCUCAAGCCGCGGCGUCGACCGCCUCCGGCGACGGGACGCCAGGAAGUCGUUCGUCUGCGGGCACGAACUCGAGCUUGUCCGGCAGCCCGCCUUACAACACUUCGCGUUCUCUGCUUGGAGCGGGGGGCAGUAGUCGGUUCUUUGGUGGCGCGGGCACGGCACCGUCCUCGCGCUCGCUCGCGUUCGCUGGCCGCGUGCUGCCGGCUUCCGGCCCCGUGUUGGGCGCCGCGACGGCGGUCGGCGCGUCCUCCGCGGGGCGUCCACUCCCGGUGACGCUCGACGCGAUGGUUCUCGGCGGGCCUCGCUCGGCCCCCUCAGGGCCCCACGCGGGUGCGCCGAAUUCGGGGAGCUUACGCGGUUUCGGCGGAGGCAAGGAGAGCGGCGCCUUCAUUCGAACUUUCCGCGCGGAGAGCUCGCGCGCCGACGGGGAGACCAGCCACAGGGCGUCGGGCGCUGGCGGAGGCAGUCGAGGAGGCCCGAGCGCUUCUGACCACCAGCUCUUCUCGUCUUUGGGGCGAACCGCCAGUUGUGGGGGCGGAAGAGGAGACUCGAAGACCGCUGAGGCGAGAAACGCGGAGAGAGGAGACAGCAAGGCUGACAGCCAGAGCCACUUCAGUGCAACUGAAGCGGGGAGCUCUGCUGCGCAGCUUGGGUCGGGGUCUUCGGCCGCAUGCCCCAGAAAACAGCUGUACAAAGAGGUUCUCGUGAGAAGCAAUAAGACAGACGAAUAG